GGAUGUAUGGACCGAGUCACAACUUUACUGGGUCAGUAUUGCGACGACAUAUCAACGACCUCUGGACCCUCGGACGCAUGAUUUCAUUUCUUUUCUAUUCUCGUACAUCUUGAAAUGUAGAUUGACUAACUUGCUUUACUUUUUAGUUACUGCAUACUGUUACCUCUCAAUCCGGCCUUGCUGGAAAGAAAUUCAUAAUGACCUCCAUCAAGACCGAAUCAGAGAACAUGACUUUGUCCCAAUCAUCUAUGCACAACCUGGACCACCUGUCUCAACCGAGACAUUCCCAAUUAGUCCCAGGAAACUCUUUGGCCUCAAGAACAGCCCAGGAUGAUGACCUUUCGAGCCAGGAUAAUUUCUCCUUGUGUUCCAGCACAGCCCAAACCUGUGAUAUUUCAAACGAAAUGAAGCCAUGGGGCUUGAAUGAUACAGAUACCCUGGAUAGUGGAUCCAUCGCAUCCACCAAACCUGAAUCCCCAGAGGUCCAGAUGCUCUCCUUUUCCCUAUCUCAACACGCCCUGCUCCACUCUGCCGUGGGUGCCAGCGAUAUAAUGUAUUCUGCUGGUUCUCAUUUCCAUGGACUCCCGGAUGUGGAACAAAAUGAACUGGAUUACUCCAAAGCCCAAGAAUUCAACCACUAUACAUCCCUCUUUGACUUUUCUGCCUUUGAAAAUGAUGUCCAGAAUGGCUCCCAAUCAUGCACACCCGAUGAUGGAUUAUCCAUCAGCCAUGGCUCUCCCACAGAUGAUAGUCAUCUAGCCACCAGUGAGGCAUGGAACUCCCUUGUCUCAGACAGCAGGAAUUAUCAAAGAUCAUCCGUGGACCAAUUUACCGGAAACGUUUUUCAACCCAUUCCCGUUUCUCCCCCCUUGACCGAAGCAAGUAAUGAUAUUUCUGUUACAUCGUCUUGCUCUCACUCUGGAUACCCCUCAUUCAUGUCCCAUGAGGAUGCCAUGCUAAAGGAUAUCACUGCCACGCCUGUUGGACCCCAUGGCAUCAACCUAGGAGACCCUAUCUUCCCCCUUACUCCUCCCCUCAACGAGCAAGAUCCGAACAGGACUAUCCGACCCUCUAAGAGUGCGCGCAGGCCAACACUACAAACUUCUCCAUUCCAAUCGCAGGUCAAGCAGGAUCCUGAAUUUUUCCCACCCCUCCCAGUGAAGGAGCCGCUCCGUCCAAGAUCCAAGGAAGGCGCCGAACUACGAAACCCACGCGACCAUCCUUACUAUUCCCUGCCUACUCACAACGAUGGAAAAUACUACUGCCCAUAUGCCACUGGAGACAAGCCUUGCAACCAUCCUCCUACUACUCAGAAGUGUGCCUAUCAUAAAUACUUGGAUUCCCAUCUCAAGCCCUACCGCUGCAAGGUCUCCUCCUGCAUGGAUGCUCAGCUCCAAUUCUCUUCCAAUGCCUGCCUUUUCCGUCACGAGCGUGAAGCCCAUGGACUCCACGGUCAUGGAGACAACCCCCACCUCUGCCUCUUUGACGGAUGUGACCGCUCCGUCCCAGGAUACGGCUUUCCCCGUAGAUGGAAUCUGUUUGACCACAUGAGGCGUGUUCAUGACUACGCCUCGUCUGAGCGACCCAGCUCCCCGGAUGCCUCCCCCACUACCAGCCAGGCCAAGAAGAAGGAAUCCUCAGGGCGCAAGCGCAGGGUUACCGGUGUCACGGGCGCUCAAACCAUGAAGCGCACCCGGUCUACACAGUCUCAGAACAGCACACUGAAGGCCGUCCAACAAAGCUUUACCCAGACUGGCUCAAAACUACAGGCCACUGAACGAAGCUACUUUAGUUGCCGCGCGCGCCUCCUCGAGCAACUUCGAGAUAUCACCCCUGGAGAUGCCGCUCAGCAUGAUACUGUCAACGCCAUUCUCCAGGAGAUGAUCACCUUUGGAAUCAUCUACCGCCAUGAACAAGCCACCCAGGCCGCUGCCCAUAUUGCCAAUGGUCUCCCUGCGUGAAUUUAGUUUUAUGUCGAACCAUGCUUUUAAACCGAAUUUUGUUCUCCAAAGGAUUGCCUGAAGGAUGCUCUACCUCGUCGCAGGAAUUGUCUUGUGAUAUCAGUGAGCUACGAGAAUAAUGACUCUCCCGGAUUGACUCCAGGGAUGAUGGAUGGACACCUGGUCCACACAUUCUCUCCAGCUGCUAUGGGAUUUCCAUGUUUACUUUCCAAGGGACUUAGAUUACAUUCAGGUCGGCUAGGAACUUGAUGUCAUGCAUUAUGUGUCAUCCGACACG